UGCGUUGUUCUUUGCACAACUAUUAAUUUAAACCGUUUAUCUACAUAUUAAGUUUCCAUUUACUUAAAUACUUGUUUUCAAAUGUAUUUAUACUUUGACCUGUCUAUUUUAUUGUCUAAUUAGCUAAUGACGUGUACCUAUUAUAUUAUAGUAAAAACUGCAACACGACAUUCUAUAGGAAUCCGAAUUAAAAGUAUUCAAUAAAUACUCUACACGUACGAUCUAGAAUUUUGGCAUUGAUUUAUGUCCAAAAAGUGUCUUCCGGCGAUCCUAACCUUAAAUUCUAGUUAUUUUGUGAAAUUUUGUGAAUGUAUGAACGUUGCUUUCAUUGUUGCAUUGCAGUUCUGAUAUGAAUAUACCCUACGGAAAACUGUUAGUGUAUUUUUUAACUUUUCUGGGAUAUAUUUAUUCGGGAUAUGGUUCGGGGUUUCUUUCUAAUCUAAGGGAAGCCGUUCUAACAGCCGAGACUGUAUUUGGUGAAGUUUUCAAGAAUGUUGUUGAUGUUGCCAAGAAAUUUCGAACAAUGCACGAUGUUUUCGACGCUGCCGUCGAAGAGGAAUGCAUUUUUAAAUGUCCUAAUAAUGAACAACCCAAACCGAACAGACAUCACACUCCUUCGGCAAAUGGUUGCGGAAGUUUGGGUCUAUCCAUAUCCUCUGAGUACUUACCGCUUGGAGAAAUGAAAAAGUGCUGCGAUGAACACGAUAUCUGCUACGAUACCUGCAGAAACGAUAAAGAAGUUUGUGAUAUAAAUUUCAAAAGAUGUCUCUAUAAAUACUGUGAGUCAUACGAUAAGUCUAUAGCGGGAAAUACUGUAGUAAAAACAUGUAAAGGAGCAGCUAAAAUGUUGUUUACUAGUACUUUAACGCUUGGUUGCAAGUCGUAUCUAGACUCACAGUCAGCAGCGUGUUACUGUUCGUCGUCGGGACGGAAAGAUAAGAAAAGUAAAUACAGUAACGGAGGAAGUAAAACGGAGCUUUAGAUAAUAUUGUUUUGUUAGGUUUAUUUAUUUAUUUUACGUUAAUAAUAAAAUGGUUUUGUUUUUUGUA